GCUGAGAACGUGAAAAGUUGAUUUAUUUCAGUUCCUUCUUCAAUUGCCAGUGAGCCAGACGAUUAAAUUGAAAAGGGGGGAAAUGGCGCAAACUGUUAAUAGAACGUGUGGAGGAUUGAAAUUAUGCUACAAAUUUGAACAGAGCAGUGAAAAUAAUUAAUUUUAGAAAAAAUCAGAGUGAUUUGAAGGUGCUCUGUUGAAAGGGUGUAUUUUAUAAACAAGAGUAAAGUGAAAAAGGAAUAUUGUGUAGAGCCGAAAUGAGCAUCGAUUGAAAUAGAUAGAUGAAGAAAGAACAUUAACCAACGAAACAGAUCCUCAAUAUCACCACCACCAAUCACUCGAUUCCAUACAACAGUAAAGAACACCUGCACACACACCCACACACACACAUCUACGCAUAAUUGUGUUGACACACCAGAAAAGUUGAGGAAAUAAUACACAUACAUAUAAAAACAAUUAUAUCGUAAGGAAAAUGAAUUGAAGUGAAACAAAAAACAAAAAUAGUUUUAAAGAGUGUAAUAAGUAAAAAUUUAGAAAAAAGUACAAAUUACAACGAUAAGAUCAUCAAAACAACAGCAAUAUAAGAAAUCAGCACAUUACACAAGCGUUCGUCAGCGAUCGGUGAUCAUAUGAUCAGCAACGAAAACAUCCGAGCUGUUGUUCAACAGUACAGCCUUGUGAGAGAAAAAGAGAUCGUGUGAGCGCCAUUUCCACCAGUUAAACGCGAGCGUGUUUGCGCAAACGCUGCAACACCACCACCCACCAAAAAACACCAUAACUUCGUCUGGUCCUGAGCACUUUCCGAAACGCUAAAAAUUUAAUCCACUGCGCAAUAAUUAACUUGCAGCCGACACACCCUGUAACACUGCUCCUCCUCAGGUGCAUCCUAGCGCUGUGUGCCGCUUCGCAACAACAACAACAAUAACUGGAGGGCUUUGCUUUUUGUCGCCAGGCUGUGUGCUCGCCGACAACAUUAUUGCCUUCUUGGUGGUGUUGGUGGCGGUGUGCCGUCGGUAUUGUCGUUGGUGUUGAUUGUCGUAGACGGUGCAGGUAUUGGCAAGUUGGCAGGCAGUUCACAACGUGAGUGGUUAAUUGAGGUCAGGCACCGUCGACUGACACGCGCCCAUCGCUGUACCAACGCACCCGUACGCCCGCACGCCCAAUAGUCCAACAGCCCGCUCGUACAACUCACACACACACACACUCUCAUCUAAAACGCAUUUUAACGUAAUCAAUAUAAUAUAAAAUAGGAAAUAAAAUUAACCGUAGAAAACAUCAAAAUCAUCAUAACAACAACCAUAACAAUUACUGCCCAGAAGCUGCCUAGCUGAUUGGCUGGCUGUGUGACGGCCGCCAACGACUACAACAUUGCAGCGCUCGAAAGUAACGCAAUAUGGCAACACCGCAAGUCAAGGAUUUGGUGUUGCGUUCUCCUGCUGGCUCCUCCGAAGUCAUCACCUUCGCUUGGCCCCUACAAGUUGGCAGCGGCCAGGACAAGCACGACAAUGGCAUCGAUAUUAUCGACACGAUCAAAUUCGUGUGCGAAGAAUUGCCGAGCAUCUCAUCCGCAUUCGAAGAGAUUAAUCUCAAUCAAAUUGACACUGCCUGCUACAAGACUAUGACAAAUCUUGUCGAUCGAUUCAACAAGGCUGUUGACAGUAUUGUUGCAUUGGAAAAAGGAACUUCACUGCCCGCUGAGCGUCUUAACAAAUUCGCUCAUCCCAGCUUACUCAGACAUAUACUGCAAUUAGUUUAUAAUGCUGCCGUACUCGAUCCGGAUAAACUCAACAAUUACGAACCAUUCUCGCCCGAAGUGUAUGGCGAAACCUCAUACGAACUCGUCCAACAGAUGAUCAAGCAUGUGAAUGUGACAAACGAUGACACAUUCAUUGAUCUCGGCUCCGGUGUGGGCCAGGUGGUAUUACAAAUGGCUGGCUCAUUUCCGCUCAAAGCAUGCGUGGGCAUUGAAAAAGCCGAUACGCCCGCACGUUAUGCCGAACGUAUGGAUAUGUUUUUUCGUCAAUUUAUGGCGUGGUUCGGCAAACGCUAUUGCGAUUACAAGUUGAUAAAAGGCGAUUUUUUGGUCGAUGAACAUCGUGAGAAAAUUACCUCAUCGUCGUUAGUGUUCGUAAAUAAUUUCGCAUUUGGUCCGAAUGUGGAUCAUCAGUUGAAGGAACGUUUCGCCGAUUUACGUGACGGUGCACGCAUUGUGUCUUCGAAAUCGUUUUGUCCGCUGAAUUUCCGCAUUACCGAUAGAAACCUUAGCGACAUCGGCACCAUAAUGCAUGUGAGCGAAAUACCACCACUAAAGGGUUCGGUCUCGUGGACCUGUAAACCAGUAUCGUACUAUUUGCAUACGAUCGAUCGUACGAUAUUGGAGCGUUAUUUUCAACGCUUGAAAACACAAAAAGGUGCUGAAAACGAUCAUGUCGGCUCCACACGCACCACACGCGAUCGUGCCAAACGUGAGGCGCAUAAUCACGCGCUCAAUAAUCACCACAAUCAUCAUCAUCAUAACAACAACAGCAACAGUAAUACGCACUCAAACUCCUCCGCCGCCAAUUCGUCGUCUACGAACACAACAAACAGCAACAGCAGCAGCAGCAACAGCACGCAACGCACUAAUUCGCCGGCGGCGCAUGUCAGCAACAACAGCAGUCAAGCGCAACAGUCAAACGCAACAGCACCAACGACGACGACGUCGGCUGCAACGUCCAAGACUACGAGAAAUCAACAACAGCAACAGCAGCAAGCACAACGCAACAAUUUGGACAUGGACACAUCGACAGAGAGCGAAGCUGAAGGCGACGUGGCGAAUGGCAGCGCAACCGGCGGCACCGCCAACGGACCGACCACACGCAAAAUCUGGUCCGACUGGUGCAGCAGCUCGAAGGGCAAGUCGUCGCAAUCCGACGAUGAGGAGAAUAAUAAUAACUUUAGAAAUACCGUCACGGCGACGGCGCGUAAUGCACGCACCGUUCCACAGAAAAAGCGCAAAAAGCUUACGCGCAAGGCGGCAAUUGCCAGCAAGAGUGCAGCUGCAGCGGCAGCGCAACGUGAAGCGGCAGCUGCUGCUCGUGAGGCGGCAGCGCAAGAGGCCGCGAUGGCAGCCGCUGCGGCGAACAGCAAGGACUCCUCGUCGAAGGAGGAUGCUGGCGCUGGUAGUGGUGGUGGGGGCGCGCGCGGUCGCAAAGGUCGCAUGAAGAAGGGUGCACGCGGACGCAAAUCGUUAAAGAUUGCUGGUUUGGAUGUGCUGCACAAGCAGACGUUGUUGAGCACGUCGCACGAGGUGUUGAGCAAAAAAUUGCCAGCAGCGCCGGGCUGUGUGGAUCAACAGCUGACGUCGUUGCUCACGCGCAAUAUGACACAUACGGAGCUGGAAAUUCCGGAGGCGCCCCAGGAUACGCCUUACGCGCUACAAAUUUUAUUGGAUGUCUUCCGUACGCAAUACAUGGCCAUGAUCGAGCAGAUGAAGGCGAAAUCGUUUGUGCCAAACAUUAAGCGUCAAAUACAAUUAGAACAAGAGCGCAAACAACGCAUUAAGAAUCGCGCCAGUCAGCUGGACAAGCAGAUCAAGGUGCUGAUUGAUGACAGCGUAAUGCUGCUGAAGGCGCGCAUGAAUGAGUUGGGCAUCAAUGUCACCUCUCCCAAUGAUCUGAUCACAAAGGCUAAAGAGAUUGUCGGUCGACAUAAGGAGUUGCAAGGUAUAGCAAAGAAAAUACAAUCGCAGGUGACGACCUGUGAAUUGGAGCAGAAACGUUUGUUGAAGAAGCACCUACAGCAUUUACCGGAAUAUCAGAAGACUUGUGGCAAUAAUGGACGCACCAAGGUUGAGCUGCCGAAUGGCGGCAACCCAAUCGAUCUGAGCGAAACUGCUGCGCACGAAUUGGUGCUGAAGGAGAUUGCCAAUACAUUGGCGCAACGCAAAAAGUUAUACGCGCAAGUGUCAAGUAUUGAAAAAGAGGCUGCGCUCUUGGAGAAAGCAGCCGAAGAGCGACGCACAGCAGCAGCGCUACUUGCGCAGGGCACCAAUAUGACAUUAGCCAACACAACAGCAGUAUCAAGUGGUGCGCCAACAAUGAUGCCCGCCACGCUGAUAUCGGCAGGUACAAGCGGCGUCACACAACCGCUCCAGUUGACGACAACAAGUGGCGCGUCGGCAGGGGGUAAUGCAGUAUCGAGUUGUGCACCCGCAACUCCAAGUAAAUCCGUGACAAACGCGACAUCAAAAACAUCGCGUCGUAGUCGCGAUCAUCGUACGCGUUCGCAGGAGUGGCCUGAUGUACCGGACGUAGGCAAAAUAGAGGAAAGUAAUCCAGAGGUGUUAGCACAAAAGAUACUGGAGACAGGGCGUCAGAUCGAAGCGGGUAAAUUUUCAGCCGCGACUGGCACAGGAAAUUCGUACAACAACGCUAUGGCCGGUGCUGGCAUUGCCAGUGGUAAGCAACUGGCCUUGCCGACAACUGCGCAUCACCAGCAUCUCAACAAUAACAAUAUAGGGCAAUAUCAUGACGAGGUUCUGACGACACAGUCAAAGAAGAAACAGCAUGCGCGCAGUUCGAGCAACGAACACAUACCGUCGGUGUCUAUUUAUGUGGCCGACAGUAACCUGAUGCCGGCGCCUACAGCAGCCAAUAAGCAGCAGCCGCAACAGCAAUCCUCUCCCGUAAAUGGUAACGGAUUGCGUGGUGUUGCCGGCUUACUGCCAAAAUGUGAGUUGCCUGGCGCGCGCAAAUCGUCAAUGUCCGCCGCUGCGUCCGGUGGCAUACAGGAAUCACCUAAAGUGGCCAACUUCGAAGAUCGCCUUAAGAGUAUCAUAACCUCUGCGUUGAAUGAGGAUCAAGAACAUCGCAAAGCUGCCGCGCAUCAUAUGCCCGGCUCAUCAGCCGGCCACGACUUGAGCAUUCACUCAUCAACACAGUCGUUAGUGGCGCAACAAUCGGGUUCGCUUCAAUCAUCGCCAGCGCCAAAACGCAGUAAACACUCUGUGUCAGCGUCUUCUAUGAACAAUAUAAAUCAGCAGGCACAUCCACACCAGCAAAUGCAAAUGCAUCACCAACAACACCCACAUCAUAAUCAUUUGCCGCCUCUACCACCACAGGCCAUGCCGCAAAACAAUCUAAGCAACCUCAUUACCGUUGCCACUCAAGGCCCUACACAUUUGAAUGCUACCACCACCAUAUCACCAAUAACACCACCGCCGUCCAUUGGCAACAGCCAAUAUGGCAGCACCGGUGUGGGCGCCGGAAAAUAUGGUGGCAGCAAGCAACAGUCUUCCGCUGCGUCUGGCAGCCAUAAAGGCAGCGCUGCCAAAUACCAGCAACAACAAAAUAAUGCGCACUUACAGCAGCAGCAACAACAACAACACCUGACACACUUACAACAACAACACGCACACUUCGGCCCGGCCGUGGGUGCUGGCACUUCACCAGCCGAUCUGGCCUUCCAUCACCGCCGUCGCAGCUCUGUAAGCGCAGCCAGUUUCGAACAUUACGCUGCACAGCAGCAACAACAGCAUCAGCAAGCAAUGAUGAUGGCUGCCGCAGCAGCUGCAGCGGGCAGCGCGUCAUCACAACACCACGCCAGCGCCAAUCACCAACAUCUAAUGCCACCACUCGAAUUCAAAGCGCCCACCGUUACCGCAGAAAAUCUCAUAUUGAAUGCGUCGCAACGUUCCAACAGUCGCGAACAACUCGUCGAAGAGGUGGUGGUCGCACCACGUUCCAGUUCGGCCAACUCUGAUUCGGCCAUUAUGUACUACCCACCGACGCGCGAUCGCCUAAUGUCGCUAGAACGCAGCAAUAGCCGCGAAUCCGCGGUCUCACAACCGUUGCCGCCCCAUCAUACGAACAGUGGCAGCGGCGGCAGUAGCGGCCAACAAAUGUUGCCGCAACCCAGCCGGCCAAGCUCAAACUCAUCACAGCCAGAUUAUACACAAGUCUCACCGGCAAAGAUGGCGCUACGCCGCCACCUCUCACAAGAAAAACUCAAUCAACAAAUGCCGCCUGCUGGCGCUAUGUCUGGCUUGCCACUAUCCACAAAGACCAUUGGCGAUCUGGUGAAUGGUGAAAUCGAGCGCACGCUUGAAAUAUCGCAUCAGAGCAUUAUAAAUGCGGCGGUGAAUAUGAGCACAGUUGGUGCCCCACCACCAAUUACCGGCGCCACUAACGUGGGUGCCAACAAUUACAUGGACCGGGCGGCGCACGAUCGUUUACUAAUUAAUCCGAAUGCGCAACGUCCCGAGCGCGUGCACGUGCGUGUGUUCGAUGAGCAAAUGCCGCCCACACAUAUGCAAGGCAACGCUGUCGACGUGUCGCCACGCACUAUUGGCGCUGGCAAUGGGCGAAAGUCGCCGCCGACAACGCCAACGCAGUCCUCACACAAUAUGUCUUCGCUGGCACAUGUCGCAUAUAAUCACAAGACUGCGACUGGUGGCACAGCAACGGCAGCGCCUCCUAAUAGUGGACGCGUCAAUAACAGCAGCGGUGGCUAUAACCCCUCACUCUAUCAGCAAAUGGCGAUGGGUGGUGGCAGUAGCAAUGGUAGGGAAGCGACGAAUGCCCGUCUUGCUGCUAGCGGUAAUGUUGGCGGUGCAGGAAGCGGCUCGCGCAGUCGCGACUACCAGCCGGUUAGCUUACCACGCGCCGAAAUGAAGGGUUGCAUCGAGGCGUAUUUCAAUGAUGAGCAACAUCAUCAGCAGCAGCAGCACCAACAACACCAGCAGCAGCAACAGCAGCAUCAUAAUCAUCAAACACAGUCGCACAAGGCAGGCAGCAAAGAGCGCAACAAUGGACGCGGGAAUCGUUUGAACGGCAGCAAUCCGCCAUUGGAGGGUCUGGCAGCUUCACUGCAGGAUCACGUUAUGGCCUCGCGCAAAUACAAGGAAGAACAUGAAGAGCGCCAGCGGCGGGCUGCCGCAGUGUCCAGCAACAACAGCGACAUGCAUAAUCAACACCAUCACCAACAACACCCUCAUCAGCAGCAACAACAGCAAUAUGCGCACAGCCAGCAUCACCACUAUCAAGCACAGGCGGCACUUGGUCACAACAACAACGCCACGCCCAAUAAGGUGGAAAUCGGUGUAAAACGCACUUCGCCCAUGGCAAAUAAUCAACAGCCACGACCCGCUAAGAUGGCCCACUACAACGACAAUGCCGUUGCGCACAACCAGCAACUGCACCAACAUCAGCAACACCAUCUAAGCAACAGUAAUCCAUACGCCAAUAUGAAUGGUGUUAGCAGUAGCAGCAACAGUGGCGCCAUUGCAUCGGCGACAGGCGCACAAACACAAUCGCAGUCCUCGCUGUCGCCAUCUUGUCGACGCAAUGCGAAAUUGCCACUCGAACCGCUGCUAAUGAGUCCGGAAAUCAACUCGAUAAUGAGCGGUGGCGCUGCUGCUGGCGGCGAUGAGCGCCCCUUGCAGUUGUCAGCUACGGCAGCGAAAAUAUCGCGCCAACAGCAGCAGCAGCUACAACACGAACAACAAUCACGCACAGCGACCACGCCGCAUAGUACAACACCAAUCGUGGGUGGACGCGCCGGUGAUGAUGAUGAUGUCAUCGCCGACGAUGAAACACACUGGCAACAUCGGGUGAGCUCCGGCUUCGAUCGCCUAGUCGCCUUCGCCUCCACCGAGCUGGAUAAGACGCGUCGCUCUAUUGACACGGACAUAGUGCCGUCGUCGAUCAGCUGCAACACCUCGCCCGAUUCGGGUAUUACCCACAGCAGCAGCAGCAAUUCAGAUACGGCGCGCACAUUUCUUUCCACCUCGUCGACGUCCUCACAACUGGACAUGCCCAUGAGUAGCGGCGGCAGCAGCGCUGGCAGCACCAGCAGUUCCAGCGGUUGUAGUGUAAGUGGCGUUAGCGCCAGCUCCGGCGGCAGCGGUGUCAAUAGCUACAUGCAUGGACACCUACACCACCAUCAUCAUCAUCACUCGUUGUUGUUGCAUGCGCAUGGCAACGGCGGUGGCGGCACCACUAGCAGUCACGCUUCAUCAUCAGAUCACCUCAGCGAUAGCAGCAUGAAAUCAACGCAUUCCGAUGUCGCUUCUAUGCCGCCGAUAACGCUGCUGAAGGCGAACUCGGCAUCACCGGUUGACGCGAGCGCCAUUGAUAGUCCGCCGCUCUCUGAUAUCGGCUUGCCACGCACACCCAGUCCGAAUGCGGCCGUGCCGACACCACCCUUGGCCGCAGCUAUGGCGGCAGCGCAUAGUGUCACACCUACACCGACACCAACACCAACACCACCGGCGAGUGCCGCCGAUCCCUAUGGCAAUAGUACACUAAAGAUACCCUUAAAAUAUCAACGCAAAUCGAAGUCGUCAUCGGAGAAGCAUUAUAAGAAAAAAUUCUGCGAACGCAAUUGGGAAUACGAUUGUGAUGAUCUGUUGAUGCCAUAUGCGAAUAAUAACAGUAAUGAUGCCACCAACAGCACGGUGAUUGAGGGAUCAACAGCGAACGAUGCGGUUGGCAAAGGAAUGGCUAACGUAAUGAAAAAUGCUCCCACAUCAUUUGCUAAAACGAAUGGCGGCGAGACAAAGAAAUCCCAUCAAACCAGUCCUGAAAAAUCGCCAAAGCGUCAGCAACAACAACAGCAACAGAACGCUUCCGAGGUAAACAACACUAAAUCCGCGGAAACACUCAAUCAUAAUCACAACAGCAACAACAGUCUGUCAUCGACUACAUCGGCGACGACGGCGACAAUGCAAAAUCUCUCGCACCACCACCAUCAUCAUAAAUCGUCGAAAUUUCGACCGAAGGGCAAGGAUUGGGACUGGUCCAUGGAUAGUAGCAACAGCAGCAGCAAUGUGAACAUCAAUAGCAGCAAUAGCGGCGUCAUUGGCGGCAACAGCAGCGGCAACAAGUGCAAAGCGGAUGUAGGCGCCGCAACAGCGGUGUCUAUAGCCGCGCCCACAACAACAAAUGUUAGUUAAGUUGAAAGUGUUGCAUAAUUUUUCGUUAUUCUUUUGUUUGAAUAUUUAUGAACUUGUUCUGAGCACAUGACACUUGUAGCCUCUACACAAUCGGUCGUCUGUUGGCAGCAAUUGGCAAAUGAAUAGCACUAAUGUUAAUUUAUAUAUUUAUUUUGUAAUUUAAUUAAGACAAAAAAAGUUUAAAUUGUAUCAGAAAUUUCGUUCUCGUUGAUUGCUAUUAAUUUUACUGUUAAGUUAUAAAUUUAUUACAGUUAACACGCUGCUUAUUUCAAUUAAGUAAAAUUUUUUGUAUCCCAAGUGAAAAAUAACCUACAAUUUGUACAGUUAUUUAAACGUCAACUUGCUCGUUAAUUUAACAAUAAUUUUAAAUAAUUUUUGGAUACUUCACUAUGUGUAUUCAAGCUGCAGGGUUUGUUAUUCCUUUUUCAAAAUAUUUUGCCUAAUUUUAAAAUUCAAUUGCAAAAUAUGAAAUAUUUGAAAAGUUCAGAGAAACGCCUUAACGCUUCUAAAUAAAAGCUGGGUUUGAUUACAACAUCCGACUGACAUCAAAUAACAUUAUUUCACAUCUGACAAAAUAUACCGUACAUUCGUAAAAAUUUACAUAUAUGUACAAAUGUUUGUUAAAAGUUUACAUACAUCGUUGUUGUUUUCUUUUAAACUCACUGACAUACAACUUGUUUCCUUUUUUAUUUCUGGCGUUUCACCCAGCUCACAACCCUGCGGAGGUAUGGUCCUUUCUCCAACCUUCUCCCUCUAAGGGGGAGCCUGGUUUAGAGGAUUCAAGAAACCGAUUUUUUUGAAGAUUUUUUGGGUAGGAAAGAAAUAAGUGAUUAAAGCAAAACUUCUAGGAUUUAUAGUUAUUCAUUUAAACAUCAUUCACAAAUUUUUUUGGAUACAAAAUCUUUGAUAUUCCGCCUUUGGGAAGCAAUU